AUGGUUACAGUUACAAGUCAUGAACACCCAUUUACACUCGUAAAGAGGAAAAUCAAAUUCAUUUGUGAUUUUUGUGGUAUUGAUGGAGGCCGCAAUCCUUAUAUCUGUACUACAUGUGACCUUAUGGUUCAUAAGGGUUGCAUUUCAUCGACAUUACCACACACCAUCAAAAUAACACGACAUCAUCACCAUCUUUCUCACCACUAUUAUCUUCAAAAAAGUCAGUCUAACGCAUGGGAGUGCAGAAUUUGUCUGAAUUUAGAUCAUGGGAGUUACUCUUGUUCUGUUUUCGACUGCAAUUAUAUUGCUCAUGUGCGAUGUGCAACCGAUACAAGUAUUUGGGGUGGAACACCUUGGGUGGAAGACAAAGAUGAAGCACUACAAGAAUCUAUAAAUUUGAUCACUGUUCUUAAAAAAAUAAGUGUGAGAGAAGAUGUAUUAGCAACAGAGAUCAAACAUGCCUACCAUGAACAUGAUUUAAUUCUCACUUUUAGCGGUGAAGUCCAAGAUGUUAACAACUGUGAUGGGUGUAUGAGGCCCAUAUCAGCCCCUUAUAAUAGUUGUGAGCAAGGUGAGUUUUUCCUCCACAUGAGCUGCACUGAGUUGCCUAUACAAAAGCAACACCUAAGUCACACUCACCUACUUACACUUAUUAAGGAUGAGCUUGUGUCACGGGGCGAUACUUACGACCACCUUCCGUGCGGCCUUAGGCUCAACCCUUAUCUCGACACUUAG